AUGUCUGGUGAAAGCAGUUUCGCUGGACAGCCGUCUACUACCGCACUCAGUUCUGUUGCCAUACAAGCUGGAGAAUCUAGAAUAAUCAUCUCUGUCCUAAAGAGCGGAGAGCUGAUCCAGUUGCAGUUAGCAGAAGCCAUACCAAAUUUACUAGAGAUUGGGGCAAGUCAAGAGGAGGCCAAGAAGCUGCUACGGGACCACAAUGUGCUUCUCUUCAAACUCAAGUCUUUAGAAGACCAAGUAUGGGAUAUUUUAUGUCAAGCUGAUGAGACAGCUGAACAGAAUGAAGACCAAAGACAAAUAUAUGAUGCCAUGGCAGCGACUUUAAAGGAAGCCUGGGAUUCCCUGAUCGUUGUGCUAGAGAAAAGAAGAGACUUGUUACAUGUGACUUCUGAAUUCUUCAAUACUGCAGCACAGUUUGCUGAUGCAGUUGAUAAUGCAGAGGCCUUCCUUCAGAACAUACAAGAAACUUCCAACAGUAUUCCAGAAUGCCUGCAACAGCACCAACAGCAUACAAGAGUUGUUUUAGAGCGAUCCCUUGCUUUGCUGAAUAAAAGCCAGGAAGUCACUGAAUUCAUCCAGCAGUUCUCAUCUCAGCAGCCAGUUUCCAGCUCCGAGAUGAUAAAAGGGGCUCGCUGCAGCUCCUCCAGAAUUGAGGACCUCCUGGAAGUGCUGCAAGACAGGAGGCGGCAGCUAGACAAGCAGAUGAGGCAGAAAAGACAAAGGCUGGAGUAUGGCUUGCAGGUCAGCCAGUGGCACCAACAAGAAGACAAGGUUAUGUGUUGGUUAAGAAAGCAUAUAGAUUUAUAUUUGGCAAACCUCCAGCUAGGGGCAUCUCUGACAGAGAAUGAGGAACUGCUUCACAAACACAAACAACUUGUUCAUAAUUCCACGGAAUGGAAUUCAACAGUAGACAAUCUAAAAACAGAGGCCAACAGAUUAUCUGAUGAAAAAGACUGUGGAGACAUUGAGAAACUGAACAACUCCAAUCAAAAAUUAAUGGCAGUAUAUACUGAGUUCUGGGAACUGAUGGAUCGGAGACAAGAAAUUUUACUGGAAGCCAAUGACUUUUUCAAGUGUGUUAACAAGGCUUUUGACAAAUUAGGAGGCAUUGAAUCUUACCUGAAACAUUUGAGGAUGCAAAAUCUAAAUGACUCUGAAUUUUCUACAAAACAAAAGGAAGCUGAAGUCGAAAUCAAAAGAUAUACUUCCGAUGCCUUCCAAAAGGGGCACUCGCUCUUAAAGAAGUCACCUCUUAACCCAGGGAUGAAUGGAAUUCAGGAAAUGAUUGGAUACCUUCAGAAAAGAGUAGAUCAGCUAACUAGCCAGAGCCCAACUUCUAUGGAAAGUUCUCUCAAGCAACAGGGUAUAAUGGCGUCAUUACAGGAUCAACUCAUAAAGACAUCAAUUUGGAUCCAGAAUAUUGACUUUGAUCUUGAAAGACACAGCAAUCCUGGCUGGAGCAUCACUGAAUGUGAGGAAGUACGGAACAAACUGGGUGAAUUGGCCAGACAAACCAAGGAGGCAUUGCAAUGUAUGGAGUCUGCUGCACAGCUUAUGCAGAUGGUACCAUCUGGGAGCGAAGCGUUUGCCAGCAACUCUCAGAUUCUAGAUGAGAAAUUAAAAGCCCUGGAUCAGAGUAUUGAGGAGAAAUUGGAAGUUAUAAGUGUCUAUGUAACAUUUUUAAAGUCUUCAAAACAGUUGGAAUCUCACAUCGAGAAUCUUAAGACGCUGUGCACACCUAAUCCAGAGGCAACUACCCAACUGGAGACAGCGGAAACACAGAUACAGAUUGUGCUUGAUGAACUUUUUUCAGUCCAAGACAUGGGACAAAAUUGUCUGAAUAUCAUAAAAAUGAUGAACAAGGACAGAUUCUUGAAGGAUAAACAUGUGCAGACUGUGGAGGACACGAUAGCUAAUCUGAAUAAGGAAAGGAAUGAGAUAACAAACCUGUGGUCAGUGUGGCGACAGCAUGUCAGUCAAGAAAAUUCCUCCAAGCAGACAUGGAGAACAAUUAAAGAUCAGCUGAGACUGGCAAGUGGCAGAUUACAAGAACUGGAAAAUGAUCUACAGCCUUUGUCUUCAUUGAGUUUAGGAAAUGAUAUCCAAAAUAUCUUAAAUGCACAGGAGAAGUUGUAUAAUAUUAAAACAAAGUUUCAGAAACUAAAUGAUGAAAUGGAGCAAGCAAUAAAAAUCUCAGAACUUCUUACUCGAGAAGGAACACAAAUCAAUGAAAAAGCAGGGAAGAUAAAUGAGCUUGCACAGUACCACCAAAGACUAAAGGACAACAUUAAAGAAUAUGAAGAGAUUUUUAUCAAAAUUGUGACAUUUUAUAAGAUGAAGACAGAGAUCAAUAUUUUGAAGAUGGAAAUAGAACCUCUGACAGCAGCUCACACUAAUGAUGACAUUCCGCUGAAUAAGAAGCAGGAGCAGCAAGCACAUAUACAGAGUCUAUAUAAAAUCAUUCUUAACUUGGGAUCUCAGAUUGUUUCCACAAUACAACAUUCUAAGUUCAUUACUAUACCUCUAAUUGAUCUCCAGCAGCAGCUCCAUAACCUGGAACGUGACAGUGUGAUGUGGAAUGUAGAAAAGAAAGAGGAAAAAGCAUCAAGCACUUCGAACACAGCAUCCAUUGGAGAUGUAAAUGAACUGAAAGAAUCAUUUAAAGAUCUGAAGAAAAAGUUUAACAACCUGAAAUUUAACUACACAAAAAAAGCCGAUAAAGGGAGGAAUCUGAAAGUAAUUAAGAAUCAGCUACAGCAAGUCGAAAUGUAUGCUGAAAGAAUUCAGGCUUUAAAAAAGAAAAUUGAUCAUUUGGAAAAUAAAAUAGGCGCUGAAGUCCACAAAACAGAUAAAAUGUAUGAAGCAAUUUGUGAACUGCAGAAACAUGUUAGUGAAUUUAUAAAUUUGAUGCAAGAUUACAAAGUCUACCUUGAAAUGGCUGAAGACCUACAUCAUAUAAUGGAGGAGAGUCAGUUUUGGUGUGAAGAGGCCUGUGCAACAGUUGUGCGAGUGGGACAAUACUCUGCAGAAUGUAAAACUAUGGAAGCAGUAGAGGCACUUUUGAAGCAGUUUAACAAGUUUGUAGAGCCUACACUACCACAGCAAGAAGAGAGAACACAGCAGAUGAUCAACAUUGCAAAACAUAUUUAUGGAGCAGGUGAUGGUAUGAAGUAUAUUGAGAAGACGUUAGUAAAACACAAAGAAGCCAUCAACACUGUGAAUGAUUUGUGUAUCUACCUAUCGGAGCUAGAAGAAAAACUGCAGGAACCAGAGAAAGUUCCAGGAAUUUCCAUAAGUGAAGAGCAUGGGGAAGCUACAGAGCAUCCUUCAUUUGCCAAAGAUGGUAGUAUACUCGCAGAUGCAGAAUUACACUCUGACUUGCUAACAGAAGAAGUAGUAUCUGGUGAUGAAUAUGAGUGCAUAUCCCCCGAUGACAUCUCCUUGCCUCCGCUUGCUGAAACUCCUGAAUCCAACCUACCCCAGUCUGAGACAGAGCAGGAUGAGCAGAAUUGUUACAGCUCCCAUAAUAUGCAUGUCAGCUCUUAUAGCUUGCAAAUGCAAAUAAACACCAGCGGCACAAGGCUGGUUGAUGGUUCAGAACUGCUAACACCUGUUGCUUACACUGACGUGUCGAGUCACAGGAAAGAAAAUACUUCCAGUAAUUUGGAGAGAUGCUCUUCUCCCACUAUUGGAUACAAAACAGUAUCACCUUUUUCACACCACUCGACAGUAGUCAAUGAAGCGCGCUAUUCUCUAAGUACUUCACCUGCCAAAGCAAAACCCAGCUACCACUUGAACGAAGUGCAUGAAACUCAUUUGCAGCACCGUUCUGUUUAUGAGAGCACGGAAAAAACAGACCAAUUGCAUGCUUCUGAUAUUACCGCUACAACUAAAGAUAGACUGCAUGUUACCCCAGAUGAAUUCUCUGGUCUCAUGUUUCAAUCAGACACUGCCAAGACCUGCCAGAGGCAUACAGUUACCCAAGAGGCAAUUAAAAGUGUUUCAGAAAUGCACAGCAAUGUUAUCCCAGCAGCUCAGAGUCCUGGGUUCGCCAAGCACCUGCCUAAUGUCACUGUUAAGGAAGGCUCUCCAGUGACUCUGGAAGUAGAAGUUACCGGAUAUCCAGAGCCUACGCUUACCUGGUACAGAAAGAAUAUGAAAUACUCCACAAAUGAUCAUGGAAACAACAAUGGAAAGCAAACCAGUCACACUUUCAUCAUUCAAGAGCUUUGUAAGAAGGAUUCUGAUCAGUUAAUUGCUCAAACCUCUACCUAUAAAGCCGCUGUCACUUCUGCUGUUGAAGCCAAAAUCAAAGGAAUAACCCAACCCAUUUUAGCAGUCAACUGGAUAACCUUGUUUGUCAUAUAUAUCUGUGUCUCAGUAGUAUACUGGAUGUUUUCAUAG